AUGUCCUACGUAGCGACCCCCGAAGAGGUAGCCAUUUGGGAGAAAUUUUCCUCCAGGCCUGAAUUUUCUCAGGAGGCAAUCAAAGUACCCUUCCGCACAACCUUGGAGUUUGUGAAGAGCGUUCUCCCGCCAGGCUUGGAGCCAGCCGAUAAUCCUACUGGGAGUAUCCUGGUGGGAACGAUGGAAAGUCGCCUGUGCGGUGAAUUCGACUGCACCCUUGUCACGCUCGAUACGAAGUUUAAGGGUAUUACUGGGAAAUACUGCCUGCUCAUGUUGAUCAGUGGCGACACUCCUGUUACCUGGGGCCGCGAGGUCUGGGGCGAGACCAAAAAGACAGGCAUCACUCGGCUUUGGCGCUCGGGCAACUAUCGCUACGGCUACGCGGAGCGCAAUGGCGUGCGGCUCAUUGAGGUGGAGAUGAAGUGCGGUGACGACCUCGCCGCAGAGACGGUUCGGGGAUCUCAGUUUGAGAUCAAGGCGUAUCCUCACUCGCAAGGGGUGGGCCUUCAGUGGGAGCCCAAGGUCAAUGUCCUGGAUGUGGUGGAACAUAAAUCUCGGCGAGCGGUUGGAAAGGGCCGUUUGACAGUGCGUGGGACGCGCGCGGAUCCGCUGCACACCAUUCCCAUCCAGUCCGUUGGGGAGUUCGAGUAUGUUUCGGGUUUGGCCGAGUAUACGGUCGUCGCAGAACACGACCUCGGCUGUGGAAAUGCCUAUAUGCCUUAUUUGAUCGGGAGGCAUUACGACGAUCUGCGAUGUUUCCGCAUCGGCGCUCAAUGGACCAAGAUGCAGUCAGAUGAGCCUGAGGAGGAGAAGUUCCCUGUGCAGCGGUUGAGUUCACUCUGA